UAUGGGUUAGGGUUAGCCCUAAUCCUAACUCUAACCCUUCAGGAGGCUCUAAAACAGGACUUCUGACUUGGUUCAUUUGAUUUAGAUGUGCACUUUGGUGGUUUGUUUGGCAGUGUUGCAGACAGCAGCCUAGAGCGUUAGGUAGCAGAGUUCUGAGGUAAUGAUGAACACAGAGUCACACAGAACUCCUCGGAAGCAGCUGUGGCAGAGCUUCAUCCUCACAUUCUACUUCACUCUAUUAAACCCUGCCCUACCAUAAGGCUACUGUCGGUGGUGGGUACGCGAGCCAGAUUUAGCGUAACCAAGCUUUCACGCUCCUACCUGCACCAUUCCGCACUGAACCGUUCCAAAGCACUCGGUGGAAACGAGGCAUUACACUGAGUGAGUUUUAGAAGUCCAUGCACUGGAGUCGCUGAGUGGCUUGCACUCCGCUGGAACGUGUCACCUUCAUCAGAAACCUGGCACAUGGCCUCAGUGUGUGAGAAUGCAGCGGAUUGGGUUAGCUGGAUGAGCAUGGUGAUGUUAGGGAUGCUGUGUCUCUAUUGGACGGAGGCUGCAAACCCUGUCAGGUAUUGGAAAGACACAGAGAACUGCUGAAUCAUUCUGCGUCCUCCUGAAUGCGUCAGAACACACACAGGGCUGCUGGAAUGCAUCACAAGAUAUCCACACAGCCUUUUGAAUUGAUCCAUGAUAUUGUUGUGUUUCAUGAAUUCAACCAGACAAGUGGUUCAUUUGUUAUGGUUAGUGUCGCAGCAGACAAACCUUUGAAAUAAGAAGAUCUAUGAACACUGCACAUCCUGCUCCUGUUUGAGACCUCAGCUCACUGGGGAAUGAAUGGGGAAGCUAACAAUACAUCCCAGUGAUUUGGCUCCCCCUUUUGCCUCCUGUGUCUCCUCAUCUAGUCGGACAGCAACACCAGCUUCCUGCGAGCAGCGAGAGCCGGCAACGUAGACAAGGUUCUGGAAUAUUUGAAGGGAGGCGUGGACAUCAGCACCUGCAACCAGAAUGGGCUCAACGCGCUGCACCUGGCCGCUAAGGAGGGCCACAUGGAGCUGGUGGAGGAGCUGCUGGACCGCGGAGCCGGAGUGGACUCUGCUACCAAGAAAGGGAACACAGGGCUCCACAUCUCCUCUCUGGCGGGCCAGCUGGACGUGGUGAAAAUCCUCAUCAAACGGGGCGCUGAGAUCAACUCACAAUCUCAGAAUGGCUUCACUCCGCUCUACAUGGCGGCCCAGGAGAACCACCUGGAGGUGGUGCGGUACCUGCUGGAGCACGGCGGGAACCAGAGCACCGCCACCGAGGACGGCUUCACCCCGCUGGCGAUCGCUCUGCAGCAGGGCCACAAUCAGGUGGUGUCGCUGCUGCUGGAGAACGACACCAAAGGGAAGGUCCGUCUGCCCGCGCUGCACAUCGCCGCCCGCAAAGACGACACCAAGUCGGCCGCGCUGCUGCUGCAGAACGACCACAACGCCGACGUCCAGUCCAAGAUGAUGGUUAAUAGGACCACAGAGAAUGGAAAGAGUGGCUUCACUCCUCUGCAUAUCGCUGCUCACUACGGGAACGUCAACGUAGCGACGCUGCUGCUGAACCGCGGGGCGGCAGUGGACUUCACCGCACGGAACGGCAUCACUCCCCUGCAUGUGGCCUCCAAGCGAGGGAACAGCAGCAUGGUGGGUCUGCUGCUGGACCGCGGAUCACAGAUCGACGCCAAGACCAGGGACGGGCUGACCCCCCUCCAUUGUGCGGCGCGGAGCGGUCACGACCCGGCGGUGGAGCUGCUGCUGGAGAGAGGAGCCCCCAUGCUGGCCCGCACCAAGAACGGCCUGUCCCCCCUCCACAUGGCGGCGCAGGGCGACCACGUGGACUGUGUGAAGCACCUGCUGCAGCACGCCGCCCCAGUGGACGACGUCACCCUGGACUACCUGACCGCCCUGCACGUGGCGGCGCACUGCGGCCAUUACCGCGUCACCAAGCUGCUGCUGGACCAGAGGGCCGACCCCAACGCCAGGGCGCUGAACGGAUUCACGCCACUGCACAUCGCCUGCAAGAAGAACCGGGUGAAGGUGAUGGAGCUGCUGGUGAAGUACGGAGCCUCCAUCCAGGCCAUCACAGAGUCGGGUCUGACCCCGGUCCACGUGGCGGCCUUCAUGGGCCACCUGAACAUCGUCCUGCUGCUGCUACAGAACGGAGCCUCCGCCGAUAUCAGCAACAUCCGGGGGGAGACGGCCCUCCACAUGGCAGCACGGGCCGGCCAGGUGGAGGUGGUGCGCUGCCUGCUGAGGAACGGAGCAAUGGUGGAUGCCAGAGCCAGGGAGGACCAGACUCCGCUCCACAUUGCCGCCCGUCUGGGGAAGACGGAGAUUGUGCAGCUGCUGCUCCAGCACAUGGCGCACCCCGACGCGCCCACCGCCAACGGCCACACACCCCUGCACAUCUCCGCCCGCGAGGGCCAGCUGGAGACUGCCUCCGUGCUGCUGGAGGCCGGGGCCUCGCACUCCAUGGCCACCAAGAAAGGGUUCACUCCGCUCCACGUUGCCUCUAAGUACGGCCGUCUGGACCUGGCCGCCCUGCUCCUCUCCCGACGGGCCGCCCCCGACGCCGCGGGCAAGAACGGCCUAACCCCGCUGCACGUGGCCGCGCACUACGACCACCAACAGGUGGCGCUGCUGCUGCUGGACAAGGGGGCAUCGCCCCUCGCCACCGCCAAGAACGGCUACACUCCGCUGCACAUCGCGGCCAAGAAGAACCAGCUGGAGAUGGCGGGGGUGCUGCUGGGCCACGGCGCCCUCCCCCACACCCUGACCCAGCAGGGGGUCACCGCCCUGCACCUCGCCGCCCAGGAGGGCCACGCCCACAUGGCCGCCCUGCUGCUGAGCAAGGCAGCGCAGCCCAACACGGCCACCAAGAGCGGCCUGACCUCGCUCCACCUGGCGGCCCAGGAGGACCGAGUGGGCGUGGCCGAGGUCCUCACCCGGCACGGAGCCAACGCCGACCAGCAGACCAAACUCGGCUACACUCCCCUGAUCGUGGCCUGUCACUACGGAAACGCCAAGAUGGUUCACUUCCUGCUGCAGAACGGGGCCGGAGUUAACGCCAAGACCAAGAGUGGUUACACUCCCCUCCACCAGGCGGCGCAGCAGGGAAACACUCACAUCAUCAACCUUCUGCUGCAGGCUGGAGCCAAACCCAACGCCAUCACAGUGAACGGCAACACAGCGCUCGCCAUCGCCCGCAGGCUGGGCUACAUCUCAGUGGUGGACACCCUGAGGGUGGUGACGGAGGAGGUCACCACCACCACCACGACGGUCACAGAGAAGCACAAACUCAACGUCCCGGAGACCAUGAACGAAGAGCUGGACGUUUCUGAUGAGGAGGGUAGGGCACAUACACACACACACACACACACACACACACACACACACACACACACACACACACACACACACACACACACACACACACACACACAAACACACACGACUCCUCCCUCCCUCCUUCAACUGCUGUUGACACCCCCCCCCCCUCCCUGUAACCUAGGUGACGACACAAUGACGGGCGACGGGGGGGAGUACCUGAGGGCCGAGGACCUGAGGGAGCUCGGGGACGACUCUCUGCCGGGGCAAUACCUGGACGGGAUGAACUACCUGCGCUACAGCCUGGAGGGAGGGGGGCGCAUGGACAGCUCCUUCAGCCCGACCCAUCACAGCUUCUACACCCCAAAACACCAGGGCUUGAUGGAGGAUCUGCUCUCCAGCCACCAAGUUUCCAAUCUAACCCGGGACAACGAGAAGGACUCGUACCGACUCAGCUGGGGAACCGAGAACCUGGACAACGUGGCUCUGUCCUCUAGUCCCAUCCCCUCUGGCCGAUCCUCUCCCUGCCGCCAUCUUGGAGAAAACAGCAGCUUUCUGGUGAGCUUCAUGGUCGACGCACGAGGCGGGGCCAUGCGGGGCUGCCGCCACAACGGACUGAGGAUCCUGGUCCCGCCCAAGAAGUGCAGCGCCCCCACCAGGGUGACCUGCCGCCUGGUGAAGAGGCACCGCCUGGCCACCAUGCCCCCCCUGCUGGAGGGCGAGGGGCUUGCCAGCCGACUGGUGGAGGUGGGGCCCUCGGGAGCCCAGUUCCUGGGUAAGCUCCACCUCCCCACAGCUCCUCCCCCCCUUAACGAGGGCGAGAGCCUCGUUAGCCGUAUUCUCCAGCUGGGCCCCCCGGGGACUAGAUUCCUUGGCCCGGUGGUGGUGGAGAUCCCCCACUUCGCGGCGCUGCGGGGGACAGAGAGGGAGCUGGUAGUGAUGAGGAGCGAGGGGGGAGAUCAGUGGAAGGAGCACCAGUGUGACCACACUGAGGAGGAGCUCAACCAGGUCCUCAACGGCAUGGAUGAGGAGCUGGACUCGCCCCAGGAGCUGGAGAGGAAGCGUAUUUGCCGGAUCAUCACGCGGGAUUUCCCACAAUACUUUGCGGUGGUGUCGCGGGUGAAGCAGGACAGUGAGCUGAUUGGGCCGGAGGGCGGCGUGCUGAGCAGCACGGUGGUGCCUGCGGUGCGGGCCGCGUUCCCCCAGGGGGCGCUCACCAAGAGGAUCCGGGUGGGCCUGCAGGCCCAACCCAUGAGCCUGGAGCUGGUGCGCCGGACCCUGGGCAGCAAGGCCGCCUUCAGCCCCAUCGUCACGCUGGAGCCACGCAGGAGGAAGUUCCACAAGCCCAUCACCAUGACGCUCCCAGUCCCCGAAACCGGCUCCGACCCCGCCCUCAACGGAUUCAGGGGCGACGCGCCCUCCCUGAGGCUGCUCUGCAGCAUCACUGGGGGGACCACGCCCGCCCAGUGGGAGGACAUCACAGGGACCACGCCCCUGACCUUCACCAACGACUGCGUCUCCUUCACCACCAACGUCUCUGCCAGGUUCUGGCUGGUGGACUGCCGGCAGGCGCAGGAGUCUGUGAACUUCUCCACCCAGGUGUACCGGGAGGUCAUCUGCGUGCCUUACAUGGCCAAGUUCGUGGUCUUCGCUAAGACCCACGACCCGAUAGAGGCCCGCCUGCGCUGCUUCUGUAUGACGGACGACCGCAUGGAGAAGAGCCUGGAGCAGCAGGAGCUCUUCACUGAGGUGGCCCGCAGCCGGGACGUGGAGGUUCUGGAGGGGAAGCCCAUCUAUGCAGACUGCUGUGGUAACCUGGUGCCGCUCACCAAGAGCGGACAGCACCACCUCUUCAGCUUCUACGCCUUCAAGGAGAACCGCCUGGCACUCUUCAUCAAGGUCCGGGACAGCACCCAGGAGCCCUGCGGCCGGCUCUCCUUCAUGAGGGAACCCAGAAACUACCGCGCCUUGACCCAGAACGCCAUAUGCAACCUCAACAUCAGCCUGCCCUCAUACUGCAAGGACUCUGAUUCAGAUCAAGAACAAGAAAGCGAGUCGGGCCGACCACGAGGGAGAUACGAAGAGACAGAGACGUCCGUUCUGAAGUCAGAGUUGAUCCGUGACCCUGACCUUCUGUCUGACGUGUCCGAGAUGAAACAAGACCUGAUCAAAAUGACUGCCAUCUUGAUUGCAGAUCCCACUGAGAAAUCCCGGUCCUUAGUAGGGAGCAUUUCAGAGAAGGGGGCUGAGGAGGUGUCUGGAGGGCCGUUAGAAAUAAUGGAGAAGGACUUAGAGAAGGUCAAAGAGGACUUGGAGAAGGUCAGCGAGAUCUUGAGGGGCGGGGCCUAUGAGGGAGGUCUGGCCGAGGACUGGAUCCUCCUCUCUGAUGGUGAGGUAGAGGAAGCCAGAAGGAUGGCCACCUUGACUCUCAAAGAGCCUGUCCUGCGCGAAACCCGGGCCAAUAAAGGGGCUCCCAGGCCUAAAGCCAUCAAGGACAGCGGGGACCUGAAGGAGUAUCUCCCAGCCGCCUCCAAAACAAAAGCUCGGACGGAGGUCCACGAAAAUUUCACAGACGUUGUUCUACGUAAAAGCGCAAAACCCACCCCACCAAAAAAGUCCCAGGAUGUAUCCUCUAUUUCAGUUGUUAGAAAGCCGGUGAGGAGGAAGGGUAAAGACCCGGAGAUCUCAGAUCCUGCAGAGACGGACGGACAUCUGGGUGUCCCUGCCGCCACAGGCCCAAGGUCACCAAUAUCUCCUGUGAUUGAAGAAACGCCCAUUGGAUCAAUAAGAGAUAAAGUUAAGGCUCUACAGCAAAAAGUGGAGGCAGAACAGAAGACCAAGAAGGUCACUGGAAGCAAGCCCUCACAGUUGCCUUUCGGUAAAAUAUUGCCGAAGCCCAAAGAAAGCCCUAAAUCCAAACAGGGGCCCCCUAAGUCUCCCAAAGCUGAACAGCUGAAACCUGAGGAGACCAUGUCAGUCAAAGCGCUGAUGCAGGCUUUCCAAACAGGGCAGGAGUCCUCGAAGAGGACGGCUGGGCUUUUAGAAGUCAAGACACCCUGCAAAGCACCUUCCGAGGACCCCACAAAACAGCAAACCAUAGAUACAAAAAGUACGAAAAAAGUAAUAACAACCCACAUCUCUCCAGAGAGAGAACUGUCCAUGGACUCCAAGCCGAGCAAAGAGGCAGCCAUCACUGUCCCCGAUUCGGAACUGACUGAUACUGCAGACUUUGGACACGGUGGCCUGGAUGACAGCCCCGAUAGCUUGAAACACGAGGGUGUGGCAGACUCACCGAGCGCCAGUCCCGGAGAUGGGACCCCUCACUUGAGCUCUGAAGACAGCUAUAAGCACGAGGGCCUAGCGACCCCCAGCUCAAGUCCUGAAAGUCUGUCUCUCUCUCCUAAGAAUGGAGACCGCUUGACCAAAAAAUCUGAACCUGACUCCGCCACAGUCCAAGGACAAAGACAAGGCAACAAAACAUCCGCAGAAUCUGGCAUUUGGCCAAUUGAUGAACACAAUUCUACUGUAUUGAUCCCUGUCCCCACCAAUGAGGCUGCUGAUGAGCAUAGCACAAGUGAGUCCAUUGACUUUGGGACCGAAUCUAAGCCAGCUAAAGCUCGAAAGCUAACUAAGAGAAUCUCAGAGACACUAGAGACGUUUCUUAGCGACGAGGAAGGCCCGGACAGUCAGCUCGCCGUACCGUCGGCCGGUUCCCCAGCCUCUAGGUCCUUCACUCUGAAUCAAGGGAGCUUAGACUUGCCUUUAAGACGCCAAGACUCAGAUGCCCUCAGCCCCUUAGGUGACGACUCUCUGACCAUUAGCCACAGAGACUCUUUGGAGGGUAGUCCUGUCAUGGAAGAGAAUUCCUCCCAGAAGUCUCCAGACUCCAUCGAACCUAGCCCGACCAGAGAGUCCCCCUGCCGGGACUCAUUGGAGAACAGCCCUACAGAGCAGACCAGCCGCUUACCCUUCCCUCCACACAUAGACCCCACUGCAGUGUCCUCUAGCCAGUCCUGCAGAGCCCCCGAGUUCCCACCCGAUGCUCUGCGCUCUAGGCUCCGAGACUGUGAGGCUAGUGCGGAGGACGACAGUUGUGAGCAGACAUCUCAGAUGACAAGUUCUGGUAAGAGUCCCCUUUCACCUGACACCCCCAGUUCUGAAGAGGUAAGUUAUGAGGUGAACCCUAGAUCCCCUGACCCUAUGUUCCUCCCUAUCCAAUCCAUACCAACUGUCAUCCCCGAAGACCCAGAGGAAGACAUGUCAGACAGCUGUGAGGCACAGAGAAAGAUAACCCCAGAGGAGGAGAUGUUUAAAAUGGCAGCAAAAAUAAAAACAUUUGAUGAGAUGGACCAGGACGCAAGAAGCAAACAGAACUCUAGAAAACAUACAUCAGCAGAUCUUGAAAUUGGGGAUGACAGCUACAUGACAGUGGACUCCAUGAGUUACAACCCUUUCCUCAGUGAAAGUGGUCUUGCUAUUCCCAUAGAGGAUUCAGGGUUAGCUGUUUGUAUUGAUUCCCAUAUUAAAAUACAACCUCCCUCCCCUUUUCCAGCAGGUGGGCAUGAAGAAAUCAACAAGACCUCAACUACAACCACCGUUGACACAUCUGAGGGACCUCAUUCUGUCUCAGAUACAAAUUACGCAAAAGACAAACUGAACAUUUCUCUGGCACUGCCAGAGAAAGAAAUUCCAUCUGUAACGGUGGAUGACCAUAUUGGUACGGAAGCUAUCGUUGCCAAUGUAACGGCCGAGCAGAGGCACGAAAACUUGAGGAAACUAAGCGAAAACAAAAAAGAUGUGGAAUUAGAAGGUCAUGUGGAGUUAGGGGAGCGCCAAUCUGCUCCUAUAAAAACAGCUAGCAACAUAACACACACAGAUCAAACGCCACAAAAAGUGGCACCAGAGUCUGUAACCGGUGACUCUGUGGGGCUUGGAGUAGAUAAGGAGAAGUUGAGUCCUGGUCCUUGUAUCCCUGAUGCUAGCGAGGAAGACCAGGGACCCCCCAAGACCGAGUCGAAGGGUGUCACUGCAAAGGCAGAAGGGGACCCCUGGAAUGCAAUGCGGGAAGACGAUGCCGCCUUUGCAGCACGCGUUAAAGAAGAGGAGCAAAAGAUCCUCAACCUGAUGGUGGAGCGUCCGUCGCAACAGGCCACCCCGGACACCACCCCUGGGAGAACCCCCACAGAGGAGGGCUCUCCCGCCAGCGAGCCCAACCCAUUCCUGUUCCAGGAGGGGAAGCUCUUUGAGAUGACUCGCAGCGGGGCUAUUGACAUGACUAAGAGGAGCUAUGAUGAGGAAGGCCCUGGCUUUGCCUUCUUCCAGAUUAGGGAGCAGCCUCUAGAGGAGGCUCCUGCUGAGGGGGGCGGGAUGGGCGCUGGUCGACCGGCUGAACCGGAGGUUGGCCUCAAUCUUACCAUCGAGGUUAGAACUCAGAAAGAGGAUGAAGUGAAAGAGGCUCCAGAUAGACAGCUUCCGUGCGCUGCUGAGGUCACACAGGUUAUCUCAGGUGAUGAUGGCUCAAAAUCUAAAAUCCCUAAAAUGGGAGUCUCAGCCUCAUCCAAAUCCACGAAGAAAGAUCCUACCCUUCCCGAAGCAGUAGAAGCUAAGACAGAUAAACCAUCAGACGAGGGUCCUGUAGAUGUAAGCUCCUCUGAUCCAAUGAUGACAGACAUACAAACAGCAGAAAGUACAGUGACCAGGUCUGUGUACUCUGAGCAAAGCCAGGAGUCAUCUGAUUCCUCCCCAGAAGAACCCCAGUCAGUAGUAGAAUCGCCCAAAGCAGACUUUAAGGUAAAACAAGCCACAUCUGCCAAUGUCAAAAAGAUCCAGGUCAAACCCCAAGCCAAGAAUGUCUCUCAAGGUCGUGGGAAACCAACGACCCCAACUCAGUCCUACACCACUUCCUCCUCGAGGACUUUAAAAAAAGAGCCCUCAUUUACAUCUGAGUCCAAAUCUAGAAUCCCCAUCAAAGCGUCCCCUACCAAGUCUGAUUCAACAGUCAAACCCACAGACUCUACCCAGGAGAAAAGGCUUAAAAUCCCUGUUAAAAAGGACUCUAGGAGAAAAUCUGAGACAGAUGCUGGUCCCUCCGUGGAUACCAAAGCCAAGACGUCUUUCAAAGCCAAGAGCUUUUGUGAGGGGGAAUCAACCAGGCCCAAACCCAAAAAGGACCAGGGCCGUCCUUUGAGUGUGGAGUCGGCCAAGUCCAAAGGCUUCCAUUCAAGGCUGCCGGUCAGAGGGAAGGCCGGUCAGGUCACUCCUACUGCAACGCCAACCAAAGUCAAGCAGCAGCCGCAAAAAACCUCCCUUGAGUUCUUGCCCGAGAUAGGUGACGAAGCUGCAAAGCUUGUGGAGAAACUGGUUCAGGCAGAGAAAGACAAGGAGCGAGAAGCUACCGAUAAUAACUCAGAUGAUGAGAGCAGUAUUGUGGACCCUGCUGUUGUUGAAAAGGAAACAUUCCCUGAGGUGCAAUUUCCUCCUCCUGGGGGUGCGUUCCCUAUCCGGCCGCUAUGGGACCAGCCCACUGAGACGCAGUGCACCCCAGAACAUACCGUCCCCCGUCAAGUAGAUCCACAGGAUGAAGCCGAGAGGAGGGAGCAGAGGUUGGCAAUCAUAGCCGACCACCUUGGCUUCAGCUGGACAGAGCUGGCCCGAGAACUGGACUUCAGUGAGGAACGAAUCAACCAGAUAAGGGUUGGGAACCCCAACUCUCUGCAGGACCAGAGCCAUGCCUUGCUCCACCUCUGGACGAAGAGGGAGGGAACACACGCCACAGAUACCGCGCUGCUGAGAAGACUGACCAAGAUCAACCGAAUGGACAUAGUGCACAUCAUAGAGACCAAGAUCAACAAGUCCAACCAGGAGGACACAACGUCACACACCUAUGCAGAGAUCGAGCGAACGAUAGAGGACCGCAGUGAAGGGUUCUCUGCUCUUCACGAGGACAUCGAUAGUCCCAGGGCAUGCAGGCGCAGAGAGGCCUCUCCCCGCGUGGCUGGACGGCUGGUGCCUGUGGUGUCAGCAGAGGAACUGUCUGUCAGCUCGUCCUCACUUGGUGAUCGUACUGGUCGCUUGGAGACGGAUACAUCGACAACAACACUACAGAACGAGACGGAAAAAACACACUCUUUACAAAGAGGAUAUGAGGAGGGAGCAGGCACAGUACACUUGUGCACUUUCAAACAAGGGGACGACUUUCCGGACAUCCCCCCCCAAACGGUGACCGAAGAGAAGUUCAUAGAUGACCACGGGAACAUGGUAGUAAAGAAGACCACGCGGAAGGUGAUCAGAAAGUUUCUGUCUGCGGACGGAGUGGAGAGGCAGGAGGUGCAGGUGGAGGGCGCUGAGCAGGAGGCAGUGCGUGUUGAGGAAGGAGACGUGUUCUCCAGAGUGGUCAAGAGGACGGUGGUCCGCAGCCAAGGAGACCAGCAUGAGUCCACCUUCUCUGAGCCGUGGGCGCCGGCUGAAGGAAGCAGCUCCCAGUUUGAGACGGAGGCCGUGCUAGGCCGCAAGGUGAGCCGGGUGGUGAAGACGACGGUGGUACGGGGCGAUCGGCUGGAGAAGCAGACCGGGGAUGCUUCCCUGGCCGCAGACCUGCCCUCCGCCCAGGACGACUUCAGGAAGGCCUUGGGUUAUGCUGGAGGCUUCGGGGAGUACCUCCUCCUGCCUCAUGUAGUGGAGCAGGAAGUGCUGCAGGGCGACGGCUCAGUGCUCAGAAGAACCUCGAUGCGUAAGUCGCGCUCCCAGAGGAGGACGGUGGUGCGGGACGGCCAGGGGAGGAAGCAUGUGACCCUGGAGCGGCUGGACGACGCCCCGGGGCCCCCUGGAGCCGACGCCCUCCAGCAGAAACUCCGCCUGCUGCUGCAAAACUACUGCUGCGACGCCCCGCCCCUCAGGGGGGAGGGGCGGGGGACCAGCCCAGCGGGAGCCGGGGGGGACCCGUCCUGUCUCCUCCCACCCGGCCCCCCCUGCUCUCCGCACCAGUCAUAACGGGUCUCUACGUCCAGCAUCUGGUCCACUGGUCUGCCUCUGGUCCACUGGUCUGCCUCUGGUCCACAGGUCCACUGGUCUGCCUCUGGUCCUCUGGUCUGCCUCUGGUCCACUGGUCUGCCUCUGGUCCACUGGUCCACUGCUCCACUGGUCUGCCUCUGGUCCACUGGUCCACUGGUCUGCCUCUGGUCCUCUGGUCUGCCUCUGGUCCACUGCUCCACUGGUCUGCCUCUGGUCCACUGGUCUGCCUCUGGUCCACUGUUCUGCCACUGGUCCACUGGUCUGCCACUGGUCCACUGGUCUGCCUCUGGUCCACUGGUCCACUGGUCUGCCUCUGGUCCACUGCUCCACUGGUCUGCCUCUGGUCCACUGGUCUGCCUCUGGUCCACUGUUCUGCCACUGGUCCACUGGUCUGCCACUGGUCCACUGGUCUGCCUCUGGUCCACUGGUCCACUGGUCUGCCUCUGGUCCACUGGUCCACUGGUCUGCCUCUGGUCCACUGGUCCACUGGUCUGCCUCUGGUCCACUGGUCUGCCUCUGGUCCACUGGUCCACUGGUCUGCCUCUGGUCCACUGCUCCACUGGUCUGCCUCUGGUCCACUGGUCUGCCUCUGGUCCACUGGUCCACUGGUCUGCCUCUGGUCCACUGGUCUGCCUCUGGUCCACUGCUCCACUGGUCUGCCUCUGGUCCACUGGUCUGCCUCUGGUCCACUGCUCCACUGGUCUGCCUCUGGUCCACUGCUCCACUGGUCUGCCUCUGGUCCACUGGUCUGCCUCUGGUCCACUGGUCUGCCUCUGGUCCACUGGUCCACUGGUCUGCCUCUGGUCCACCUCUCUCGAGGCUCUUCUGCGUUUUGACAAUGCUCCCUUUAUUUUCUUCUUGUUUUCAUUUUGUGACCAAAGAUAGCUGUCCAAUUUAGUGUCCUUGUUGUGUUUCCUUGUUCCUGCGUCCUAAAGGGGCGGUUCCGCCUGCCUCAGUACCACAGAGAGAGCCAAUCAGCAUGCAGAUCAAGCUGGCGGUCUGUUGGGCCUGUUCUGAAUAGACGAUUGUAAAACGACAAAGUGUAUAUAGAUGAGCGUCUUGGUUGGACUAACGCAACCCCCAGCCCCAUUACACCACCCCUAUUGCACCACCCUUAUGUUCCGCUGCUGAGACUCCGGCCCCAUUACCCCACCCAUGUUACACCACCCUUAUCUUCCUCUGCCGAGAUUCCACCCCCAUUACACCACCAAUAUUACACCACCCUUAUGCCGCGUUGCUGAGACUCCACCCCCAUUACACCACCAAUAUUACACCACCCUUAUGCCGCGUUGCUGAGACUCCACCCCUAUUACACCACCCAUAUUACACCACCCUUAUGCCCCGAUGCUGAGACUCCAACCCCCAUUACACCACCCCUAUUACACCAACCUUAUGUCCCUCUGAGAUUCCAUGCCUCUCCUCUUCUUGUGUGUUGCCUCUUAAACGUUCCCCACCGGUUGCAGAACUGUACUCCUCUUGUGUGACCAUGCGUGUGGGUGAGGUUUGUUGAUGUGGGUCUUUGUCACAUCUUCCCUGAUGUUAUGGGGAGAGGGGGUCCUCUGUGGGGGGACGGGGUCCUCUAGGGGGGGUCCACUGUGGGGGUCCUCUUUGAGUGUCCACUGUGUUUCCGUCCUCCACUGGCUUGUCGUGUGUUGAACCCAACGAUUGUCUUUCUGAUUCUCCCGUUUUGCGCGUUUACUCUCGUGCGUUUUGAGAUUAGAAAUGAGGGAAGCUUGGACAUAACUCUGUACUCCGAAAUAUACAAAGUACUUCACAUUUCAACGAGGAAUCUAUAUAUCUUUGGUGUAACCAGUAUAAACUUUGUCUGACAAUACAACUCACAUUGCUGUUAACCAGUGUGAUACAUUUACAGGAAUAAAAAAAUGUAAAAAAUGAUUGAUUUGAUAAGGAAGCAUCUUGUUUCCAUGGUGAUGAACAUAUUAACACUGCCGUCUAUGCGGUCUUUGCUGUUCCCACGGCACUAGCUUACAGCAGUAAAUAGUCUUCAUUUCCCCACGGUUGCCAUAGUCCCCUACAUGUCAGUGGAUCAGGACUCUGAUCUGCUGUCAGCGACAGAAUCUCAUUUUGAUGAUUCAUAGAAAACAUUUGCUGCUUGAUGUUCGGACUGAUAUUUUAUAAUUGGUUGUGAUGAUCUAUUGUCUCUGAUAUCCAGUGUCUAAAUGAUAAAAACAAAUAUAAAAGUUGUUUGCUUGAAUAUAUGCACGUGAAAUUCUUGGAGUAAAGUGGAAGAUUAUUCAAGUCAA